AUGGUUUAUCCUCCUUACUCUAAGAAGGAACUCUUCAGUGGGAGGGUGAAGGCGACUGGUAGAGAAGAUAAAGGUCUCUACAUAUUACCCUCUUGGAGCUCUUUAACUGUCAAUAAGCAUACUGCAGAAACGUCACUAGCAGCCACACAGAAUAAGGAUAUGUUCACUAAGAGAACACCUAAAAAUGUGGAUCUCAAGCUAUGGCACAAAAGACUUGGUCAUGUGUCUUCCUCAGUUCUAAACAAACUAUUUUUAAUAAAGCGGGAGAGCUAUGUUUCUGUUGUAAAAGACUGUUCUUCUGUGUUCCCUGAUACAUCUUCUUCUGCCUUACCACAUAUUACUGAGCAAUGGUAUGCUCAAGAUGCUUCAGCAGGAUCCAACCAGAACUCUACUGCACAUGACUCUUCAGUCUUACCAUAUGCAGCCUCUUCCUCUCCUAGCAGCACUGAAUCAAGUGCAAGCUCAUUACCAACUGCUGCACCACCAAGUGUUGAUGUCUCUCAAGUUGGUUCUCCUGCCCUUAGGAGAUCAGCCAGAGACAAGCAUCCACCAUUAUGGAUGAAGAACUUUGUUUCUCUUCAUGCCAAUCAACACACUCCUUAUGGCCUAACGACCUAUAUGUGCUAUGAUCACUUGUCUCCUCUUUAUCAGGCUUUCAUUGCCUCUUCCUCUUCUGAGGUUGAGCCAGUUUCUUAUGCUGAAGCAAUCAAGGACCACAGAUGGUAUAAAGCAUCUGGUGAAAUUGGCAGGUUCAACGCCAGGCUAGUUGCCAAAGGCUAUAACCAGAGAGAAGGCAUUGACUAUCAGGAGACUUUCUCUCCUGUUGUCAAGAUGGUUACAGUCAGAACAAUUCUUUCCAUUGCUGUUGUGCAACACGGGCACAUUCAUCAAAUGGAUAUACCUGCCUCAGAGCUUUGUGGGUCAGGGGAGCAGCAGAGUCAACAUGACCAUUCUCUGUUCAUAGAAGGAUCAGGAGAUGACCUUGAACUCAUCCUAGUCUAUGUUGAUGAUAUCCAAGCAGGGAAUUUUAAUGCACCAGAGAAAAAAUCACAUCUUGAAGCUGCCGUAAGAGUGGUCAAGUAUGUAAAGAAUCAUCCUGGACAAGGAGUACUUCUUUCAAGUAAAGCAGACAAAAGGAUCAGAGCCUACUCUAAUGCUGAUUGGGCAGCCUAUCCACAUUCUCGCAAAUCUAUAACAGGGAUUCUUGUCAAGUUUAGUGAUUCACUAAUAUCUUGGAAAUCUAAUAAACAAAGCACCAUAUCUAGAAGCUCAGGUGAGUCAGAAUAUAGUAGCCUAGCCUCUACAAAUGCAGAGUUAACAUGGAUUUUGGCGCUAUUCAAAGAAGUUGGAAUAGAGGUGGAACUUUCAGUUGAGGUUCAUAUUGACAGCAAAGCAGCAAUGCAAAUAGCAGCCAAUCCAGUGUUCCAUCAGAGAACCAAGCAUAUAGAGAUUGACUGCACUUUGUAA